AUCUGUUUAAACUCCGAAUAGUCAUUCGAAUUGCAAGAACACAUAAUUCUCUUGUUUAUUCCAUGCAGUUUAUUUAGCUAAUCUGUCUGGUAAUUCAUUUAAUUCGUGCAGUUUUUCUUUACUAAUCUGAAUAUUUUUUUAACUGGACUGCUCCUUUAAGUUACCCAACUUCCGGGUUCCCUGGAUGAAUUGACCCCUCGACCCACGUGCUUGCUUGUUGUAUUCGCUAGAAACAGCAGGUUUGUACUUUGUAAGCUUUUCCGAGAAUCGCCGUUCUUUGAACGCUAAAUAUAGCCAGAAUGCCAGCUAAAUCGUGUAAGUGGUUGUCUGAUAUCUGGAUCUGGGGAAGUGAUGAAGUACGGAGGCGGAACUUGGAUGGGAAAAGUCGGCUUCGAGCCGUCACCAACGAUCACAGUAAUGUUUGCGUGAUGUUCGGUGGCGGGGGAUUUUUUUCCAUUUUACCGCGUCACGGUUGGACGGUGUCGUGGGACAACUGAGCUAUUUUCGCGGGGAGUGUUGAGUUGUGCACAGGGUGGCUAAUCGGCUCUUGAGAAUUUCUCUGAGUAGUUGACGAGGUUGGGCAGUUGAUAAGACAAGAUACACCCCCAAGAUUUGUGUUGCCAUGGAAAGAGCGACUUCUCCAGCUUCCUACCAACGGAACCCCAACCCCACCAUAGCCUUCCAGCCUCAUGCCCUUGUUUGGGACUUUGGCUGGACCACCAAUGGCCACUUUGCUCCGAAACAAGCAGCAGGAUUGCAUGUUGGCCAGCCCACUGUACAUACAUGUAGCCCAACUGUGCCUGGUACCCAUGCCCAUUCACCGGCUAGCAAAGGUGCAUCUCCACAACCAGCUGUCUUUACAUUCAACACCUGUCCAUCAACACUUGCAGGCAAAUUUCCUCUUCACUGGAACAAAGAAGAGGUGGAAGAUUGGCUGAAAUGGUGCAUCCAGGAAUUCUCCCUUGGCGGUGUGGAACUGAGGAAGUUUUCCAUGAAUGGUAAAGCUCUCUGCCUGCUGACAAAGGACGGGUUCCAACACCGUGCCCCAUAUGCUGGUGAUGUGCUACAUGACUUACUGCAAAAACUUCUGGGAAAAGAUGGAAUCCAAUACUACCCACCAGUGCCCGGUAUGCAAAUGAAGCCCACCUCCUCAGCCAAUGAGGCGAUAACAUUAGCCAAGCACCUCUGCUCCCCAACAACAGCCAUCAAUGGCAAGAGUCAGAGGGACACACAGGAGUAUAGACAAGCUGUGGUUGCCAUCACAAGUACUGCAAACGAUGCGAUGCCAAGCUCUCAAAAUAAAGCAGAAGAUCGCUACAGUGGCCCCUCCAUCGCUGGACACUCUCAGGAAGAUACUGAAGAGGAGAAGAAUAUGCCGUUGAAUCUCAAAAUAUCAGAAGUUGGAAGUGAGAGUCCCCGUGAUUCCAGAUGCAUCUCUCAGGCACUUAUUGAGGACAGGAUAUCCCCGCCUGCUCAUCCCCUCUCUGCUGUUAGUGCCUAUUUGUGCCUCCCUGACCAUCCAGCAUUGACCUGCACAGCAAAGCCAAUACGUGGUCUUAACAGUAGAUCACCGCCAGUGGGAGGUCAUAGUGAGAGGUCAUCACCAGCUGAAAGUCAUGCCAGGAGGUCAUCCAUAUCACCAGAGAGUCAGUACAAACGGAAGUCUCAUGUCUUUACUGGUUAUCCGACUGUUUACACUGCUCCUGCCUCUUAUCCCACCCCUGCCACCAUUUCAGACACACACUGUGGCUCUCAUGCCCAGGCCUCAGCUUUACCUGUGCAGCCUGAUUUUAAAAAUGGAUGGGAGAGUUGGAAUCGGUACUGUGACAUGAGUACAUUCAUUAAGUACAAAAUGAACAAAGAGGGCAAACUGGCUGAAGCUGAUGUAGCAAGAUGCCGCCAAGUAAUAAAAGAUGGUUGGAAGGAGGGUGGUCUGAGUUCGAAGGAAGAGCAGCAUCAGUCUCCUGGUGGACAAAGUGAACAAGGGAAGCUGUUUAAUGGAGUCAAAAGCAAUCCUCGGCUUUCCAUCACUGCUAACCAGUCUCGCUAUGACAGUAACUCUGACCCUAAUAGACAAAUGGUGAAGACUGCACACGAGGUACCAGUUAUCAGGACAACAAGAGAACAAUACCGAAGCUGUUCUCCUGAAAGAGCUUCAGAUGCGAGCUCAGCUUCCAUCGGGUUAAAGUCCAUUGCCCAGCCCAUACCAGUGAGACUUCUGACAGACACAGAUGCAUGUAAUGCACCCAUCUAUGGCUUACCUCCAAGUUCAUAUGUCAGCCAUCAGCAAAAGGGGACUUCGGACGAGAGACAUUGUCCCAAAGUCCAGAGUGCAUUCUUUCCCCAGAAGUCACGAGAGGGUCUGCUGAUGUCAUCAGCGACAGAAUGUCGGGAGGGAGUCGAUAAUGUCUCCUUCAAACAAAAAGGAGAGUGCCGACUUCUGUGGGAUUUCAUGGCCCAGCUUCUCAGUAACGAAAAGAACACCUCCUACAUCCGCUGGGAGGACAAGGAGAAACUCAUCUUCCGCUUUGUUGACCCCAACGCCUUUGCCAAAAUGUGGGGACUUCAGAAGAACCGGACCAACAUGACUUACGAGAAGGUGUCUCGUGCACUUCGGUAUUACUACAAGACUGAUAUCAUUGCUAAGGUGCCAGGGCAAAAACUAACAUACAGAUUCCUGCAAGACCCAAAAGACAUUGCCAAUGCUCCUCGUUUCUCCAAAUCCAAGAAGAAAACAACAGCCAGAGAGGGUGGCCAAACCUCCGAUGGUGCAUCGCCAACAGAGAGUGAUCAUUCCGGCUCACUUGACUCAGAUGCAGAAAGUGCGUCGUCCGACUCCACAAUAGUUGCUGCAUCACAGGACAUGAUGGAAACUGUUACCAUGGAAACAGACUCCAAGAAACAGAAAACAAUGGAGGUCAACAUUAAGGAGGAACCUUGUUAAACAGACGUGCUCCAGCAUUGUUUAUUCCUCUGUGCAUCUUUGUCAAAGUUACACGUAAAUAUGGUCAUAAAUUACCAAACACUAACAGUGACUCCUGGAUGGACAGAAGGAACUGGGUGGGGUGAAUUGGCUUGCCUAAGGACACAGCAUGUGACCAGCAGCUGAAUUCUAACCCCUGUGCCUUCCGAUCUUGACUCAUAAGUUCAUUCUCUCAAUAUUAUAUUGUGAUGGUGAAAAUCUUCAACUGGAUCUUCUUGAAAGCUUAGUUUCAAAAUCUCACUGUGGUGUGAUAUCUUAGCAGGAAAAUUUUUCAAAAUUAGAGAACCUGUCUUUAAAUUUUUCUAAGGCUGUCAAGAAUGUCUUUCAGGUUCGAAUAUUUUGGUGUAUAAAUAGUAAAUGAAAUCUUUACUCAGCUUGCCGUUUUGCACAGUGAAACAGAAUGUUCCAUGAUCUUUACUUUGGUUUGUUUUUGUAUGUAGCAUGGAUAGAGUGUGAAACAAAAUAUUUUCUGAUCUUUACUUUGAUGUGGACUUGUGUUUGUACAUAUUAACAGGAAUUUUUUGUAGCUGGUCCCAGGUCAAGGAACAUAAGCCAAACAGCCGUCUUGUACAUAAACAUGGUUUUAGUUGGCUUAAUGGCUGAAGUUGAGAGUAUUCCUUGUUGAGUGUACCUUGAGUGAUCAAGAGUAUACUCUUCAUCAGACUUGGAGAAUACUCUUGCAUCAGGUGGUUAUUUCAAGAUGGCAGAAUGGUAACCGUUGGCCAUUCAUACAAUGUGAUCCAAGAGUUAGGCACACACAGCAUGUUCCUUUAGCCACAAGUAUCGAGAGUAACGAGCCUGAACUUGGCAAUGUGUUGCAGUGAGUGGAGUCCAUCGCAAAUCAUCCUGUCUGAUAUGAACUCAAGUCAAAGCUAUUCCAAUGAUCUGUGACGAUAAUAUAAUUAUCGUAGCAUAGAUGGGCCAGAGAAAUAACAAGUUGUCAAAAUUUGUUCUGAUGCUGAAAGAAAUAAUCCAAAUGCCUUACUUUGAAACAACUAACUGUAAUACAAUGUAAUUACAUUUUUUCAGUGGCCGAGACUAGGACAGUUCAGUUUAAGACAGGAUCCAGUUGACACAUACAUGAUUGGUUGAAACAGGCUGCAAAGUUUAGAAAUAAUCACAUCAGGUUUGCCAAAUGGAAGAUACAUGUUUACAUACCCUCUCCAAAGUGGUGCCGACAGCUACACCCUCAAGAUGUACUAUGCCCAAACUUGGUUGCUGAACUCAACUGCAGAGUCCAGACACCCAAGGUUUUAAACCCAGGCUAGGUCCCAGCGCCAGGGCUUAGACAAAAGGCCAUGCAGAUUAGAAAUUCCUCUUAUACUGAAAAUGGGUGGGCCAAAGAGAGUUCAUAACAAAGAAAGGAAUGUUGGGUGGCUGGUCUGGAUUAGUCCACAUCUUCCUCAGGGUGGGAGCUGGCUAGAUUAUUCCAUAAUAUGAGCGGGGCCUACUUCUCACUACGAUAUCAACUUCCACUCUGAUAAUGAAAGUCUUGCAACCAGUGGAAACUACAGCUGCUGUUUUAACCAACUUUAUUGAAGAAUUUGUAGGGUUCCCACAAGACAUGGCAAUGCCUGUCACCAACAUUGUAAUUGCUACUUGUAAAGUGUAAACUAAACUUUUAUUUCAUGCAAUUAUGUUAGUAGAGUACUGUAACCGUACACAACUCGCUUAAUAAUUCUACAUUGAUCGCGAACAUAAAAACAUCUACUGUAAAAGUUAUUUCUCUAACAAUGCUUGCACAAGAAAAAGACCGCUACUUUUGAUAAAGAUAUAUGUACAAAUUAAAAUAAUGGCAGAAAUCAGA